AUGGAAUUAUCUCUCUUCAUUGCUAUAAUCACUCUUGCUCUCGCUAGUCCGGCUUCAGCAGGUCCAGCCGCCUACGGAGUGUGUCAGGCGGGUUGUUCUGCAAUAGUCAUGGCAUGUUACUCUGCAGCUGGUUUUACUUGGGGAGCUACCCUCGGUGCUUCCGCACCUGCUAGUAUCAUUGCCUGCAAUACCGCCUUUGGUACUUGCCAGGCUGCCUGCGCCGCUGUGAUUCUGACUCCAACGCCGUAG